UUCCUUCCCCCGCACCCCCCCCGGUCCCCCCCCCGGUUCCCCAAGCCCACCCCGACCCCGUUCCCCCCCCGCAGGCGGCUGCUGAUCGAGGACCUGGAGGCGCGGAUCGCGCUGAUGCCGCUGCUGCAGGCCGAGGCCGACCGCAGGACCCUGCGCAUUCUGCGGCAGAACCUGGACGAGGAGGCCAAAAUCAUGAAGGACGUUCCCGGCUGGAAGGUCGGCGAAUCCGUGUUCCACACCGACCGCUGGGUGCCGCCGACGCUGGACGAGCUGUACUACCUGCGCGUACCCGCCGAGGCGGACUUCAAGAAGUUCGGGCUGCAGUACUACGUCUGAGCCCCCCCCCC